AUGCCCCCAGGUCCACCUUCGUUACCAAUCGUAGGCAAUGCGCACCAACUGAAGCCUAUCAACAUCUUCGAGCAGUUCCGAAAUCUGAGCGAAAGAUAUGGACCACUGGCAUCGUUAAAGAUUGGAUCCAACAAUAUAGUCGUAAUAGGAGGCGAUGGAACACUUGUACGGGAACUGCUUGACAAGCGGGGUGCAAUAUACUCCAAUCGGCCUCUGGAGCUUGUGAAUGAGAUUGCAGGCAAUGGUGACCACCUUCUGUUCCAGAGAGAUACAGAUAAAUGGCGCACCUCUAGGAAGUUGAUCGUGCAACACUACACCCCUCGUAUAUCCAAGACAGAGCAUGUUUGCCUCCAAGAGGCUGAAAGUAUCCAACUAAUGCAUGAUUUCCUGCACCAGCCUAAGCAGUUCAUGGGACAUGUAAUGAGGUACACCACCAGUGUUGUUACUUGUCUGAAUUAUGGUGUCCGAUGUACGACAUAUCAGGACCCUGCGGUUCGUGGCAUCGAGCGAAUAAUGGAGGAGCUUUCCGCAUUGAAUUUAUCCGGAGCCAAGCCACCGGUAGAAGCAUUUCCAUGGCUCUGGUAUCUACCGGACUUCAUGAUGACAAAAUGGAAGUCCAGAGCCAAGAAGAUUGGGGAGAUCAUGGACAAAGUUUACGGAGACCUGGCCGAGAUUGGCCGGGAGAGGGGAAUUAACGGAUUAAAUACUAACACUCUGGCGAACAAACUUCGACUAAGCGAGGAGAGCAGUGGCCUUACUCGCCGCCAGCAGGCUUAUACGUGUGGAAUUGGUCUCGAGGGUGGCUCCGAUAUUGUUGCGGGAGCGAUCUGUACAUGCAUAUUGGCGCUAAUUCACGAUACGGCAUCUCAAACACGAGGAAGAGAUGAGAUCGAUAGUCUUUACGAUGAAGAGACUCUACCCCGCUGGGAGGAUGAGCAAAAAAUGCCGUUCGUAAGAGCAAUGGUCAAGGAGGUUUUGCGCUGGCGUCCACCUAUUCCCGCGGGCCUUCCUCACCGACUUGAACAAGGCAGGCCACGACUACUAUGGGGGAUAUUUUCUCCCAAAGGACUCGACUACACCUGGACGAUCCACUCCAACCCAGAUAGAUACGCCGAGCCCCAUCUGUUCAAGCCAGAGCGAUUCCUCGAUGACAAGAUGUCAAUGGCACAAUCAACUGCACAGACAGAUCCAUUGAAGCGUGAUCAUUAUGCAUUUGGUGCAGGACGUCGCAUGUGCCCAGGCAUUCAGAUCGCCGAGCAAGACAUGUUCCUCGCUUUCUCCAGACUCCUCUGGGCUUUCGAGUUCUCAGUCCCUCCCGGUACGCAGGUCAACACCGACCAGAGUGCGUUCUUUGGAGAGACUGUACGCCGUCCGAAGCCGUUUGAGGUGGUCAUCACUCCUCGCUCAGCAAAACGGGUGGCGACGAUCGAGAGAGAGAUGGAGCUUGCUAAACAGAACGUAUUCUCCCUUUAUGGGACGUACAAUAAUAAUCAAACCACAAAUUUUUGA